UUUUUAUAAUGUUCUUUAAUAGAUUUCAAGGAGUGGUGGAAUAAUUAGAAACAUGAUGAUGGAUGAUGUUUAAACAAAUAGUUAACUAUGCUCGCCUGUGUGUAUUUGUAUACAUAUACACUGGUAUGUUUAUGGUCUGUUUACGUGUGUCUUUAUGUGCAUGUGUUUGUAUUGCAUCUACUUGUGUGUGUCUGUUUCCCCACAUUCCUCUAGUAUGCCAGGGGAGAAGCCAGAGGGUUGCUGUGUGAACCCUACAUCUCGCCAGGGGCAGCCUCACUCCCACCACCUGACCUCUGCGGGAAAACUCAGCCACACCACAGGUGUCUACAAUGGUGCAGGCUGUGGCUCUCAGGUUUAUAAUCCAGACAUCAAAAUCUGCUGUGCCGGGAAGCUGUCCAAUAGGGUGCCCGGGAAAAACCUGUGCUGUGGUACAACUCCAUAUGCUGUAGAGGACCGAGGGGUGCUGUGCUGUAACCAGACGUUGCACCGUGGGGUGGAGGCUGGGCACCAGUGCUCCCCAGGUGGCCACCUGUAUCUGCCAUCCAGUGAAAUGGUGUGUGAGUCACGCGUUCAUCUCAACGAUCCAGGCAAACACUGCUGUGGAGAAGAGACAUACAACCCUCAGGAUGAAAUCUGCUGCAGCGGACACAAACACCGCAGGUUGGAGAACAUGUCCUGCUGUGGAGGGAAGGCCUACGACCCCAGCAGUGGCCAGAUGAAGUGCUGUGCAGAGACUCUGUACAACCUGCAGGUUCAGGAUGGGCUCUCAGAGGAGGCCCAGUGCUGUGGGAAUGUCCUGAUGGAGGCCGGCUCCACCUGCUGCUCCGCCCCAGGGCUAGACCUGCUCUACCCUACCCAGCUAGGGUUCACCUGCUGUGGGCACCGCUACCCCAACUCCUCCCUGUGGUCUUGCUGUGCAGGGGUCCUGCACCCAAGGACUGAACGAAACACCACCAGCAUGAACAUGAUUCCAGGACUUAGGAUUCUACCACUGGGGGACCUGAAGACGAAAACGUUGUGUGACAACAAAGUUCUGCUAGGAACAGUGGAGAGUGUGUCUGUGAAGAUGAACAAGCGGUCCAUCAUGAUGGUGAACGUCAUGUCCAUACAGGCCCGGCGUGGCCAUGUCAACGCUCUGCCUUCCCCUCACUACCUCACAUUACCCGACCACUGCAGCUCUCCUGAACUGGUGCCGGGCAACACUUACCUGUGGGCGAAAACAAGACAUUUCUCAGACACCAUAAACAUAAUCUCUGAUCUCAGCGACCAUUCCACCCCUCUCCAUUCCAUCCUCUCCAGGUGCUCAAAAUGAUACAUUUAACCAUGUUGAGGGUAUACAGUGUUUGUUUAUAAAUAAUGGCACAAGAAAAGCAGUAACAUUUUACUUGACACCCAGUGACACAGUCAUAACCAUUCCAUAAUAUGUCAUAACAGCUGACAACCUGUCAUAACGUUUAUGAUAUGGUCAUAACACUGUCAUGACAUAUAUUUAAACUUGUGACAUAUAUUGAGUUAUUUUAUAGCUGGUUAUGACACCUACAUAAGAGUGUAAAAACUCACGAAACCUACUACGGUAGUUAUUUUGUGGCUGGUUAUGACACCUACAUAAGAGUGUCAAAACCAACAAAACCUACCACACAAGACAAAACAUUGCAUUACACCAUAGCCUACGUGUCAACAGUAUGUUUAUGCUAAUAUAUAUACAGUGGGGAGAACAAGUAUUUGAUACAGUGCCGAUUUUGCAGGUUUUCCUACUUACAAAGCAUGUAGAGGUCUGUAAUUUUUUAUCAUAGGUACACUUCAACUGUGAGAGACGGAAUCUAAAACAAAAAUCCAGAAAAUCACAUUGUAUGAUUUUUAAGUCAUUAAUUAGCAUUUUAUUGCAUGAUAUAAGUAUUUGAUCACCUACCAACCAGUAAGAAUUCCGGCUCUCACAGACCUGUUAGUUUUUCUUUAAGAAGCCCUCCUGUUCUCCACUCAUUACCUGUAUUAACUGCACCUGUUUGAACUCGUUACCUGUAUAAAAGACACCUGUCCACACACUCAAUCAAACAGACUCCAACCUCUCCACAAUGGCCAAGACCAGAGAGCUGUGUAAGGACAUCAGGGAUAAAAUUGUAGACCUGCACAAGGCUGGGAUGGGCUACGGGACAAUAGGCAAGCAGCUUGGUGAGAAGGCAACAACUGUUGGCGCAAUUAUUAGAAAAUGGAAGAAGUUCAAGAUGACGGUCAAUCACCCUCGGUCUGGGGCUCCAUGCAAGAUCUCACCUCGUGGGGCAUCAAUGAUCAUGAGGAAGGUGAGGGAUCAGCCCAGAACUACACGGCAGGACUUGGUCAAUGACCUGAAGAGAGCUGGGACCACAGUCUCAAAGAAAACCAUUAGUAACACACUAUGCCGUCAUGGAUUAAAAUCCUGCAGCACACGCAAGGUCCCCCUGCUCAAGCCAGCGCAUGUCCAGGCCCGUCUGAAGUUUGCCAAUGACCAUCUGGAUGAUGCAGAGGAGGAAGGGGAGAAGGUCAUGUGGUCUGAUGAGACAAAAAUAGAGCUUUUUGGUCUAAACUCCACUCGCCGUGUUUGGAGGAAGAAGAAGGAUGAGUACAACCCCAAGAACACCAUCCCAACCGUGAAGCAUGGAGGUGGAAACAUCAUUCUUUGGGGAUGCUUUUCUGCAAAGGGGACAGGACGACUGCACCGUAUUGAGGGGAGGAUGGAUGGGGCCAUGUAUCGUGAGAUCUUGGCCAACAACCUCCUUCCCUCAGUAAGAGCAUUGAAGAUGGGUCAUAGCUGGGUCUUCCAGCAUGACAACGACCCGAAACACACAGCCAGGGCAACUAAGGAGUGGCUCCGUAAGAAGAAUCUCAAGGUCCUGGAGUGGCCUAGCCAGUCUCCAGACCUGAACCCAAUAGAAAAUCUUUGGAGGGAGCUGAAAGUCCGUAUUGCCCAGCGACAGCCCCGAAACCUGAAGGAUCUGGAGAAGGUCUGUAUGGAGGAGUGAGCCAAAAUCCCUGCUGCAGUGUGUGCAAACCUGGUCAAGAACUACAGGAAAUGUAUGAUCUCUGUAAUUGCAAACAAAGGUUUCUGUACCAAAUAUUAAGUUCUGCUUUUCUGAUGUAUCAAAUACUUAUGUCAUGCAAUAAAAUGCUAAUUAAUGACUUAAAAAUCAUACAAUGUGAUUUUCUGGAUUUUUGUUUUAGAUUCCGUCUCUCACAGUUGAAGUGUACCUAUGAUAAAAAAUUACAGACCUCUACAUGCUUUGUAAGUAGGAAAACCUGCAAAAUCGGCAGUGUAUCAAAUACUUCUUCUCCCCACUGUAUAUAUAUACAAACACAUGCGUAUUUAUGCACACACUGUAUAUAUUCUUUUAAUUGACCAUAUUAAAUUAUCAUUGUGAUUACGCACACAUUGAUGACACACAUGCCCAUACCCCAAUGCUCUGUUGCUGAUGACUGGGAUGAAUGCAGGAGCAGAUUUCAAGAGCAGGACAGGACACCCUCUUUUUGACUGAUAUAAGGGCAUGUACGAGAUAAAGCGUAUCUGGCUUAUAUAAUUAUGAUGGUCAUAAUGCUUCUUGACAUUGUCAUAAAGUGUAUUUUCUUAGUCCAAGUAAAGUGACAGGAUGGCCAUCAAGCUUCAUGACAGUGUCCUAAAGUGUAUCUUCUUUAAGUUAUUUAAAAUACAAAAAGAAAACGUGACUGUUAAGAAUUCAUAACAACAACAAAGGAUGUAAGAAACAAACUUUCAAACCAAAGGAAAUUACACUCUUAUUUAGGUGUCUUUAUCAGCCAUAACGCAAUCUACAGUGUGCCACAACAGGUAUAAAUGAAUGGGUCAUGACAGUGUUAUUACCAUAUAGAUGGAUAAGAGCGUCUGCUAAAUGACUAAAAUGUAAAAUGUAUACGACACCGGGUGUCAAGUAAAGUGUUAGCAAAAAGCUGACUGUAACGUACUCUGUUUCACAGGAACAUGGUUCUCUCCGGAUAUACUGUACCCAUCCAUACAGCCAGCUGGGUUCUCAGUGGGUAGGACAAUUGAACUAAGCAAAUGAGGCAUACGUUAUAUUCUUCAAGAAACAAUUUGUGUGUCAUUCAUUUAAAAGUCCAAAAAUGUAUGUACAGUAGCUAUCACAGAUUUCCCCUUUAAGCUAUCAGAUUUUUAAGUUAUUUUUAUUUGCUUACAAAAAUCGACCACCGUUUAUGGUCUCUCAGGAGUCAUAUCUUAGGAUAAGCCAUAUUUUAUGAUGUUUGUCUGGGUGGUGUUUUCUGUUAUGACAAAAGUUCCUUUAAUGUUAAUGCAAUUGUAUUGUCUUCGAUUCCCUCCUUCAAUUCCAUACUGAAGCUAUUUCUUAAUUGAAAGUUAACUUGUUCUACGUGACACUAACAUCGUAGGAGUAAACCUUUCUGUGAAGGGAUUUGUGGUGGUGGUGAGUGGGAGCAGCAGGUCGUUACAUGCUCGCCCACUCUUACAAGUUGCCUCUGAAACUCGUUACACCAAUACAAUAACAUCCCAGGGCACUGUGUCAAUGAGCAGAGUAUGUUAAUGAAUAAAGUAUUGUGAAACUCUA